UGAGGGUAGAGAGGUACGGGACGGUCGUCCAGGCGGGAUGCGGACGAAGCCGAAGUGCUGAGCAAGUAGGCCUAUUCUCCCUCGCAUUUAAUUUCUUUCAUCUGACGAUCGAUCGAGAAUGCCCUCUAUUUUGAAGUGGCAAGAAGUGUUGGUCAUUGUCCUGACAGCUUCGGUGAACUUCGUUGCAGCUGGACAUGCAGACGGACCAUGUGAACCCAUCACGGUGAAUGCCUGCCGGGGUAAAGGGGUCAUCCACCACUACACCCGCACCCCCAUUGAAUUGCCUUACGGUCCUGGCUCCGAGGACCUUGACCGAUUCCAGACCCAGCAUGAAGCCAUCCACCAGCUACGGCCUUACCUGCCCCUCCUGAGCAGGGGCAGGGGCUGUCGGGAGUAUUUCAAGCCCUUGGCCUGCGCCGCGUACCUGCCAGCUUGCGAGGAUGGAUCGGACGGCGCAGUGCCACCGUGCCGAGACCUGUGCGAAAUGGCGCGGGCCAAGUGCUGGCGUAGCGUGCGUCAUGUUGGCCUGGGCUGGCCUCGUCAGCUGGACUGCAGUAGGUUUCCAAGACCAACGGAGAACAGUGCCUGCAUUUCUGCAUUGAACCUGGGCCAAGUUGAAGUCACAGGGAGCAGCACUGGUGACGUUGAGGUGGUUGAGGUGCGAGUGACCUGUAGCUACGACCUUUCACCCCACUUGCAACCGCAGUGGCUGGCCCCGGAUGGUCACAUGAUAUCUGACGAUGAGCGAGACCGCAUCUUUGCGCAGAGGACAGACAAGCACACCACAACCCUUGUUGUGCUGCGAUACAUGGAUUCCUUCGAUAGUGGCAACUACAGUUGCGUCGUGGGCAACAGGGACUUUGUGCACUCUGUGACGCUCGCCAAUAUCUAUGAACCGGCUGCAGACCCGACGACUUGCGAGCCCAUCCAGGGUUCCUGGUGGUGCCAGAGCAGCAUCAACUAUGCCGAGAUUCAGCUACCCAACGCCUACGGCAUGGCCACGCAGGAGGAAAUCCGGCACAAGCUGGAACGCUAUGGCGAGGUGGCCCGGUCAGGCUGCUCUCGCUACCUGAGCGUGGCACUCUGCUCCACUUACCUGUCGCCCUGCAACACCAGCCGGGAGGCCAAGCCCGCUCUCUGCCGUGAUUUGUGCGAGCAGGUCGGGGCGGAGUGUGCGGACAUAAUCAGAGAUGCCGGAAUCGCACCCUUACCCUGCGAGGAGUUGGUGUACCAGGCUGACGGUGAUUGCUACAAUGGAAUCAAGAUUGGUCCAGCGACAGUUCUUGACACAGCAACAGGAAAAAGAGUGGAGGUGAUUUGUCAUCAUGCCUCCAAGUUCUGGUCGGCCUGGAUCACGCCGAACUCAACUAAGCUGUACGCUGGUGUAACUCCAGAGUCAGCCCGCGUCACGGUGGAAUCGGAAGGCAGUAAUGUUCUGCGCCUGAUCAUUAAUGAUUUUGUCGAUUCGCAAGAUGCCGGCAUCUACACCUGCAGUGAUGGCGAGUCUUACUCCAGGUCUAUCACCCUUGACAGCAUCCAUCAGCCCAAUCCUUCCUCAAAUGAGGUUGUGAUUGGUGAUGUGCAUGCAAUGGAUAUGAAUGGUGUGCCUUUCAUUGUUGUGGCAUGCGCUUACAACUCUCGCCCUGCAUUUCAACCCAUCUGGCUGGAUUUGUACGGCUCAGAGGUUCCCCCUGGUAGUUUUCCUUUGGAUCAGACGCCAGAUUUUUCGACUAACAUCAAAGCAGUGAACACUACGGACAGUAUCACGACUCUUGUCAUAACGGACUUCCAGGAUGCCAUUCAUGCCGGAGUCUAUACUUGCCAGGGUCAGGGGCCAGACUCAGCCAAAACAGUGAGCAUUGGAGACAUUUCCCGGGGACCACUCGCCACUAACCAAAUGCCCCCUUCUGGUGUAAAUGAGAUUUUGAUUAGUGAUGUGGUCUCAACAAGUGUUGGUGGUUCAACUUUCGUAGCUGUGGCAUGCAUUUACAUUGCUUACCCUGUAUUUCAACCCGUCUGGCUGGAUUUGUAUGGCUCAGUGGUUCCCCAGCAUAGUUUUUCUUCAGAUAAAGGACCAGAUCUUUCCAUACGCAUUCAAGCGGUGAAUUCAUCAGAGAGUGUCACAACACUAUUGAUAACAGACUUCAAGGAUGCCACUGAUGCUGGAGUCUACACUUGCCAGGGUCAGGGACCAGACUCGGCCAAGACAGUGGUCAUUGGAGACAUCUCCCGAGGGCCACUCGCCACCAGCCAAAUGCCCCCUUCUGGUGUAAAUGAGGUUUUGAUUAGUGAUGUGAUUUCAUCGAGUGUUGGUGGUUCAACUGUCAUAACUGUGCCCUGCGUUUACGUUGCUCGCCCUACAUUUCAACCUGUGUGGCUGGAUUUGUAUGGCUCGGUGGUUCCCCUACGUAAUAUUUCUGUGGAUCAAGAGUCAGAUCUUACGAUUCGCAUUCAAGCAGUGAGCUCAGUGGAGGGUGUGUCAGUGCUGCUCAUUACAGACUUCCAGGAUGCCACUGAUGCGGGAGUCUACACUUGCCAGGGUCAGGGACCAGACUCGGCCAAGACAGUUGUCAUUGGAGACAUCUCCCAGGGGCCCUUGGCUGAUGGAAGGCCAGAGAAACCUUUAAAUGAGGUUUCGAUUAGUGAUGUGAUUUCAUCGAGUGUUGGUGGUUCAACUGUCAUAACUGUGCCCUGCGUUUACGUUGCUCGCCCUACAUUUCAACCUGUAUGGCUGGAUUUGUAUGGCUCGGUGGUUCCCCUACGUAAUUUUUCUUUGGAUCAAGUGUCGGAUCUUUCGAUUCGCAUUCAAGCAGUGAGCUCAGUGGAGGGUGUGUCAGUGCUGCUCAUUACAGACUUCCAGAAUGCCACUGAUGCGGGAGUCUACACUUGCCGGGGUGAGGGACCAGACUCGGCCAAGACAGUUGUCAUUGGAGACAUCUCCCAGGGGCCACUCACCACUAGCCAAAUGCCCCCUUCUGGUGUAAAGGAGGUCCGGAUCAGUGAAAUUGUCAGAACAAAUGUUGCUGGCUUGGAUAUGACAGCUGUACAGUGUACUUACAUUCUCCAACCUGCAUUUCAACCCGUCUGGCUGGAUUUGUAUGGAUCAGUGGUUUCCAAAACCCAAGAUCCACUGGCUCACAUCCAGGUAGUGCAUUCUAGUGACAGUAUCACUGCACUUCUCAUAAUGGACUUCCAGGAUGCCACUGAUGCAGGUGUCUACACUUGCCUGGGUCAGGAACCAGACUCAGCUGAGACUGUCAUCAUUGGAGACAUUUCUCUCGGACCACUAGCAAACCGUAGCCAAGAACCAUCUGAUAAGCAACCUUCCUGCGAAGAAAUCCAGAUUCCGGCCUGCUCAGUUGGCAUUAGCUACUCGUCAACCUACGUCCCUAACUUGGUUGGCCUCAGUCAAGACGAGCUGGGCCCCAUCUUCAGCAGAAUAGAACCCGCCUUGGCUGGUUCCUGCGGCUCUUACCUCCGCGCUUUCAUGUGCGCCCUCUACCUCCCCCCGUGCCGGGAGCUAGCCGUGUUGCCUUGCCAGGAGCUGUGCUUGGCGAAUGUUGACAAGUGCACAGAGGAGCUUGAGCCUUCCUUUUCACCUGAUGAUCUGGCCCAGAUGAGAGAACAGUGCACCCAAAUGCCCAGUGAAAGUGACCCUACCAUCCCCUGCCAUAAUGGUAAGGAGGUUAGAAUAGGCUCAGUCGAAGGUUCCGGAACUGACGUCAUCCAAGUGGAGUGUACCUACAAUCUCCUGCCAACUUUCCAGCCAAGAUGGUUCUCUCCAACGGGGCAUGAAAUCUUGACUGAUUCUGAAGCUCGCAUCCAGGUAGUUCAUUCUCGUGACAGUGUCACAACGCUUGUCAUAAAGGACUUCCAGGAUGCUACUGACGCAGGUGUCUACACUUGCCUGGGUCAGGGACCAGACUUUGGUGAUACAGUGGCCAUUGGUAACAUUUCUCUUGGCCCACAGGCAAACCGUAGCCAAGAACCCUCUGUGGCAGUACCAGCUGAGCAACCGACCUGUGAAGAAAUCCGGAUUCCAGCCUGCUCAGCUGGAAUCGGCUACUCAUCGACCUUCGUCCCUAACUUGGUUGGCCUCAGUCAAGACGAACUGGGCCCCAUCUUCAGCAGAAUAGAACCCGCCUUGGCUGGUUCCUGCGGCUCUUACCUCCGUGCUUUCACAUGCGCCCUCUACCUCCCCCCGUGCCGGGAGCAAGCCGUGUUGCCUUGCCAGGAGCUGUGCUUGACGAAUGUUGACAAAUGCGCAGAGGCACUUGGGCCUGCCUUCUCGCGUGAUGAUCUGGCCGACAUGAGAGAAAAGUGUGCCAACAUGCCCAGUGAAAGUGACCCUACCAUCCCGUGCCAUAACGUUGAGGAGGUUAAAAUCGGCUCAGUCAAAGGUUCUGGAACUGACGUCGUCCAAGUGGAGUGUACCUACAAUCUCCUGCCUCCUUUCCAGCCAAGAUGGUUCUCUCCAACGGGGCGUGAAAUCUUGACUGGCUCUUACAGAAGGGUUCGGGUGAUCGAAACCUCCAACUCUGUCACCAUGCUGGAGAUCAACAAUUACGACCCGCGACAGGACCAAGGCACCUACACCUGUGCCGGUCAGAACCAGCAGGUUACCGUCGACUUGUAGAGGACCUCCAACAGUAAGAGAUUCAGGCAAAAAAGCUUGCCAGUGCCACACCCGGACUUGAGGAAUUCUAACUUCGGUUUAAGACUGAAGCUUUGCAUCCAAAGCCUGGAUGAUCUGUAAUAGCAGGAUUGUAUGCUGCUGAAUUAUUAAUCAACUUAGUCAUGAUGUCAUUUUGAUUCUCAUUAUGGCACAUUUUGUAUUGUAUACAUUUCUCCAUGGAACCUCUUGGACCUUGUAAAUAAAGGUCACUGAAGGAUCUUUCUCGUUUGUUUCCUAGAUAAUAUGAAUUGUACUGAAAAUAGUACACCGUUUUGGUUUUAUUUUUAUCAUUUAUGCUCUAGUAAAUGUGUUUAAGCAUGAUGUUACUUUGAUUAUAAUCAGUCAUUAAGGUUGUAUACCAAUCAUUUGCCAGUAUCGGAGGGAGGCCAUUUCGAUUUGAAUUUACAAACUUGAUCACCAUCUGUUAGAAGUCUAUACUUUGGGAAAAACUCCGCAUUUGACCAUUCAAUUUUGCAGCGUCAUAAUCACCAAACAUUAAAAGGGGACGCCUAUUAAUUUGUGGGGACUUUUAGCAAAGAAAGGGGCUAAGGUAUCUGGGGAAUGUGAGGAAACGGUUUGAAAAGUUUUUAAAUUUAUUGUCCCUCUUCUUGAAGCUUUCAAUUUGGAUGCUUCCAUAUUUGAACAGAUAAAAUCAGAGAAAUCAUGUUUUGCUUAGAGGUGCUCUUACAAAAAGAGGUUUCGUUUUCACAUUCUCCCCCCCCCCCCGUAUUUCGACAUUGUCCACUUAUCGAGAUUUUUGAGACUGGGAAAAUCAUGGGCCAUCAAAGAGCAUUGUGUCCAACAAAUAUAACAACUUACACACAGGUAAAGGUUUUUAGAGUCUUCCCCCCUGUAAUUUGACAUGUACUCUGUGUAUAUAAUUUCCUUAGAAGUAUAGCUUUUUGCGUGUGUCUGCGUCUUUGUCUUGUGCCUUCACAGUGGCUAUAAACGUGACCAAUAUUUGCUGAGGCUAGAUUAAAGUCCCCAAAUUGCUGCAGUA